CCCGGGCCUUCCGGGGGGCGGGUCCCGGGCGGCGGCUUCCGGGGCGGGGCCGAGGGCGCUGCGAAGAUGGCGCAGGCGCCGGUGCUGCGGAUCCAGAGCGACUGGGACCAGGUCUUGAGGAGAAAUGAGGAGGAGGUUUGGCUGAGCUGCCGGAGCCCAGGGAAACCAACUUUAUAUGGGACUCUGACCUGCCACGGUUUGAGCCCAGACGGGAUUCCAGAAAUUGUAGCCUCCGAAGGAUUUGAAGUCAAUGCAGUAACUAAGAAAUGUCUGCUCGUUUCUUGCUCGCGGGAAAACACCUCUAGCAAAUUUCUGGCACCCUAUACUGCCUUCUGCAGGAUCCAUCAGAAAAGCAUCACCUGUCUUGACAUUUCCAGCGGAGGUGGGCUUGGAGUAUCCGCCAGCGCUGACGGCACGAUGAAAAUUUGGCAAGCCGCUAACGGGGAAGUUAGAAGGAAUUUGGAAGGUCACGUAUACGAUGUGAAUUGCUGUCGAUUUUUCCCGUCGGGCAUCGUGGUGCUGAGUGGAGGGAUGGAUGCCGGGCUGAAGAUCUGGUCUGCAGACAGCGGCAGCUGCGUCGCAACGUUCCAAGGACACAAAGCAGGAAUCCUGGACACAGCCAUUGUGGAGAGGGGCAGGAACGUGGUCUCCAGCUCACGGGACGGCACAGCGCGUCUUUGGGAUUGCGGGCGGUUGACUUGCCUGGGUGUUAUAGCCGAUUGCGGCUCUCCAGUCAAUGGGAUCGCUCUGAAUGCAACAGACAACUCGUUAAACUUGGGAUCCCCCGAAGAACUUCCGAGUGAGCGUGAAGUUGGCACGGAAGGGAAGCUCUUGCUGUUGGCCCGGGAGGACAAAAAAUUGCAAGGCGUGGGGUUACAAAGCAGGCAGCCGAUUUUUCUUUUUAUCGGUUCGGAUGCUUUCAACUGCUGCACCUUCCUCUCCAACACGUAUCUGCUGGGAGGGACGCAGGAUGGGACCAUAUACCAGCUGGAUGUGAGAAACACCAAAGCUCCCGUUCGAGUGAUCCAGCGAUCGGGAGCCCCAGUCCUUUCCCUGAUGCCUUAUAAAGACGGGUUUAUCGCCAGCCAAGGUGAUGGAACUUGUUUCAUUAUGCAACAAGACCUCGAUCACGUUCUUGAGCUGACCGGACCCGACUGUGAUCCUGUGUACAAGGUCGCCAUGUGGGGAAAAGAAAUCUACACUUGCUGCCGAGACGGGAUCCUGAGGCGAUACCAGCUUUCCGAUCUCUGAUCAGCCUGGACAUUUUCACAACAGACUGAAAAUCUUGGAUUUAGUGCCGCGAUUCCUUUCAGUGGCCAUUUUGAAAGGCGCCAACGGGGCUCCUGGUUUCUAGACCUGUUAUACCAGUGCUUCUGAACCUCGGCCCCUUUAAGAGGGGCGGACUUCAACUCCCAGCAUUCCCCAGCCAGCAUGGCUGGCUGGGGAAUGCUGGGAGUUGAAGUCCACCCCCUCUUAAAGGGGCCGAGAUUCAGAAACACUGGCUUAUACAGUUGCUCGAAUAGAGCUGACACAGGGGUCUUCCAACAUGGCCCUUUUAAGACGCGUGGACUUCAACUCCCAGAAUUCCUCAGCCAGCGUGCCUGGCUGAGGAAUUCUGGGAGUUGAAGUCCACACCUCUUAAAAUGGCCGAGAUUAAGAAACACCAGUUUAGCUCUUUCUGGGUUAGCAUUAUUUCCCCCUCACAUUAUGUCAGGGGUCUUCCAACUUGGCCCUUUUAGGACGCGUGGACUUCAGCUCCCAGAAUUCCUCAGCCAGCCAUGCUGGCUGAGGAAUUCUGGGAGUUGAAGUUCACAUGUCCUAGUUUGAAGACCCCCAAGCUGACAGAUAUGGCUUUAAGAAGACCUCACUUGAACUCAGGGCUGACCUUGCCGAGACAGACAUACCUGUCUGGAAAAAAAAAUGUGCUUUGAGUAGCCAGGAAGGUUUCUGCUUAUUAAAGACCACUUUGCAUUUGGAAAAAAAAAA